GUGGUAUGACCCAAAGUAGUUGGUGACGUCACCAGUCAAAACAGGUUGGACUCGCCAACUGUUCGAGCUUUUCUGUUAUUACUUAAGAUUACCACAAGUUUCGGUGACUGUGGGCUACAUAAGUCCCUUUUAAGGACUCCAGUGCUUCCCAAGACUCAUCUUUGUGGCAUAAUAUUUUGAUUUUUUGCUGAGAAACUCUAGCGACUGUUGUCGUUGCCAUGGCAAACAUGGCGGCGCCCGGGGACAGUGAAGACGACGUUCUGGACUUCAGGAAGCUGGAGCGGGAACUGGCGGCGGCCGUGGAGGCUGAUCACAAGUACCAGCGGGAGAACGACGCCAAGUUCAGGGCCAUCAAACAACAAGUUGGGUCCUACGAUGAGUUCAGGGACAUUGUUCUGGCUUCCCACCUGCGACCCUUGGAGAAGAAGGACAACCUACAGAACAUGGACGUGAAGCAGCCGUGGAACGUCCACGCUACAACACAGGCAGACAGGGAGAACACUGCACAGCAGCAGAUUAAACAGGAUGAAGAGAAACUGCCUAGAAAUGGCCACGAGUUCGCUCGCGACUGGAAACGCUACUGCAAAACUACGCCAGACAAGUACAAGUUCAUCAAGAAGAUCGGAGGAGAGCAACUUGCCAACAUCUUCAAGAAUGAAAUCAGCUUUGGACUGUUGGGGGAGAUCCUCACAGCACUCAACAACUCUUACGUGCAGGAAGACUCUGGUUUUGUGUACCAAGUCUUAGACAGCUUGACGAAAGUUGGAAGAUUUGAAUUGUCUGUGGAUUUUCUGAGCUCAAAGGAGAGUCAAGCUGUGAAGGAACUGUUGGAAAAACUUACAAAUGAUCUUACGGACAGCAGUGAGAUAGAACAGAUUAACACAAGAUUGGAUGCACUAAAGAAACUGUAUAAGAUCUCAUAAUGAUAAUUAUUAGUUUAAUAGAGAGCUUGUACACCAAUUUUAUUAAGGUAAGGUCUUAAGUUUGCUAAAAGAGAAUUGAAAUAAUUUAGUCAACAUUUAGAAAUAGAUGUUGAUAGAAUUGUUAUUAACUCCCAUGUUAAGGUCAGUGAAGACUGCUCCUUAGAGUUCUCAGAGUGCUAAGAUGCUAAAUAAAACAUUU